UUAUUGACCAUUUAAUAUGUGCUGGAAACCACUGUCUUUUAUGUAGUUUAAUCAUUAAGUCUUCAGAUUUGCUACUUAAAAGAGGUACUUUUCUUACAGAGAGGAUAUAGAGAGGAAUUUAACUUGUUCAAGAUCACACCUAGCUAGGAAGGAAUAGAGCUAGGAUUCAAAGCUAGGCAUACUGGUUCUAGGCUCACACUCUUGGAUACUACCUCCUGUGUGGUACUGGCUGGAUUAAAUGGCCAAAAAGCCACUAUGCCACCAUUGAUUGCCCCAGUGUAGCUUGCUCCUUCCUGUUCCUCCUCCUUAUGAACUUUUCAUGUGGGCUGCUUCUGAGUAGAUUUAUUAUUUUUAUUUUUUAUUUUGGCAUAUAUUCUGAGUAGAUUUAGAUUGGGUGCUCAGUGAAUGGUGUGGAUUGAGUGAAACUGAAAUCAAUCCAGCUUUCUGGGACAGGGUUGACAUAUCAUCUCUCAAUUUUCUGGACUUCAUCUUUUUAUUGGAUCUCUUAAAUGGCACUUAUCAACUUACAAUAUUGCUUUGUUCUACUGUUACUUAUGUACUUUUGCCAUUUCCUUUACUAGACUGUGAAGUUAUUAGAGUGUCUUAUUAAUUUUCAAUCCCUCUUAUCCCAUAGAGCAUUACCUCUUGAACAGUCUCCAUUUGGGUAUUUUGUUUAUUAACUGACAAUUUGCAUGUGUAAAACACUCAUUCCACAGCAUUUAUUUAACAAAUAUUUAUUGUGUGUCUGCUAUGUUCCAGAAACUGUUCUAAGUACCAGGGAUAAACAAAACUAAAUCCCUAUACUAAGGAACCUUACAUGUUAGUGAAGAGACAGACAGUAAACAAAUGAAACAUAAAAACAAUCAAGUGGUGGUAAAUGCUGUGAAGAAAAAUAAACCUAGGAAUGAAAGUGAUGAAGUGAGUGACGAAAGGGUUUAUUUUAAACAGGGUGGUCAGGGAAGGGCUUUCUGGGAAGGUGACAUUUGAGCAGACAGUUGGAUGAAGUGAGCUAGCUAGCUCUGUUGAUAUCUAGAGGCAGAGAGUUCAAAGUGGUGGAAAUGACAAAGGCGAAGGCCUUGAGAUGGGAAUGUGUGCCAGGAAUGUAAGGAGGCCAGUAUGUCUGGAGCACAAAGUAAGGGAAAACACACUUACGCCCACAGCACAGUGAAUGCUUAUGACUAAUAGGCUACUCUCUUGCACCCCUGCACUUCUGCCCCUCCAUUUGAGUUGUGUACUUAGUGAGGGUCCAGUGUAUUUUUUCCUGAACACAAUGUAUGCAUGAUGCUUAUACUUGCAAUUGCAGCUACAUAAUUUAAUAAAACAAUAUGGAAAAUGAUGAAAUCUUAGUGUUAACAAAAAGGGUUUAUAGGUAUAUUCAGGAUGUUCUUCCACUUUAAAACAAGCCUGGAAAUCUUAAAUGAUAUGUAAUAUGUCUGGUAGUUUAUGUAAGAAAGUGAUGCAGAGAUCCUUUUGUAGUUCAUAAGCGUGAUGGUUGAGUGUUCAUGCGCAUGUGAGAGAUGUACCUCCCUCAAACUUUGUUAUGACGUCGACACAUUGCCCAUCUGACAUGGAAGGAAAAAAAAAGGGAAAAUGAUGCAGAAUGCCAAUGAAUAUAUCAUCAACGAAAAGACCUUGGCCUUAUAACAGCCCCUCCAUUACAGGCAAUCACAAGUCUCAUCACGUCUGUUUUCUAUGACAUCCCUUUUCUUUCCCCCAGUUGCCACUUCUGUGUUUCUGGCCACCCUCAUUGUUUGCCUGGAGUUCUGCAGUGUCCUUCUAACCAGUCUCUGUCCUUGUUCCCCACUCUAGUGCAUCUGCUUACUAUACUUCUCAAACAAUAAAUCUGAUCAUGCCACUUUUCUGUAAAAUUACACAUAAGAUGAAUUCUAAACCCUAAUGUUCAGGUCAGCUAAGAAGUCACUUCUUUUAGGAGCCCUCCCUGAACCUCUGCAAUGGGUUAGACGCCCUGCCUCCCUGCAUGUUCCCAGGGCAUCCAGUGCUUCCUCAUCAGUACUUACUAUAAGGUGCUUGCUGUAAGUGCCUUUGUCCCCUCCAGAUGGUGAGCCCUGUUAGUACUCUUUUCCAGAGUCCUGGCAUAUUGUAAGCACUCAAUACUUUUUUUUUCCAGAAUAAAAUAAAAAUAGUUACGUAUGGUUCCAAAAGGCAUGAGAAUGAAAGAAACAAAACAAAACAACAACAACAAAAAAUAGUUACGUAUGGGAUGGGGGAAUGAACGGAAUGGAAGGGACAGAGAUGGAAAGCCCUACUUUAUCGUUUUGGCUUUAGAAGCACAGAAGGGUUUACUAAUUUUAAAAUUUAAAUUAAAAAGAAAAAUGAAUAAAUAAAUGUUGCUGCCCAGGGGCAGGAAUCUCAGAACUGCAGCAAUGCUGAAGUUCCCAGUUAAUUUGAAGUGCCAGCCUUCUUUUCCAAGAAUCUCUGUGGCCCUACAGAACAUGGAAGGGUUGGUAGGAUACACGUAACAAUAGCUCCUUUUAUUAUGCUUGUGUGGCUGGAUUUAGGUAUGCCAGAAGCAGAAUGCAGCCUUAGGCCAGAAAUCUCUGCUGGUCUCUGCCUCCAAGUGCAGUCUCUGUCAGCUCUGCCUUGACCCAUGGGCCACCCAGCUGAAUCCAGACCAGGUCCCAAUUCCUGCUCCCUCACUCCUCUCAAAGCACCACAAAUCUCAAAUCUGCCUUUAAAGAAUCAGAAGCUGCUAGGUCAGGCAGCUCGAAACAUGGUACUGCAGGAAGAUGCCAUCUUGCACUCAGAAGAUAGUUUAAGGAAAAUGGCAAUAAUAACAACACAUCUUCAGUACCAGCAAGAAGCUAUUCAGAAGAAUGUUGAACAGUCGUCAGAUCUACAAGACCAGUUGAAUCAUCUGUUGAAAUAAAAUGGCAUAUAAGAGCACAAUAGCACUUCUUUGCCUAAUGCUGAGGAGGAAAUAUCUUACACAACCAUAAUGCUCUGGGUUUAGUUUUCUAUUUUCUUCUCCAAAAGUUAAGUUAUCAAAGAUUUGUGUUGAUGUACAGUUUCUCCUGAAAAGAAACUAGGUGGGGGCUGAAUUUUGGAAACAGUUUGCAAAUUGGACUAACCCAUCCUCUUCCUGAAUUUUUUAAGUUACUCUAAUUGUUUAAAUUAAAAGACAUCUUAGUUUUUCCUAUAGAAUUGUUUUUUAGACAGGAUCUUGCUGUGUUGUCCAGGCUGAUCUGGAACUCCUGGCCUCAAGCAGUCCUCCUGCCUCAACCUCCCUAGUAGCUGGGAUUAUAGGUGCCAGCCACUGUGCCCAGCUUCAGAACUUUUAAUGUGUCAAAAGCCAUAUUUUCUAAAUUGCAAUACUUAAGCAAAUACUGAGUAUCAAAAAUGGAUCUAUU